AUGGACGCAAACGCGAUUCUGAUACAGGAUGCCUCAAUGCCAAUUGCUAUUGUUGGCAUGGGGGGCAGAUUUCCAGGUGAAGCUACCAACCCGGACAAGCUCUGGGACAUGGUCUCGAAAGGACGAAAUGCUCUUUCAGAAGUACCAAAGGAUCGAUUCAAUAUCGAGGCUUUUUAUCACCCCUCCGCCGAGCGUCAUGGAUCAAUGAACGUCAGGGGAGGAAACUUUCUAAAGGAAGACAUCGCUAGAUUCGAUGCUCCUUUCUUCUCUAUCACAGCCAAGGAAGCACAUGCCAUGGAUCCUCAACAACGAUUAGCUCUAGAGCUGUCGUAUGAAGGACUUGAGAAUGCUGGUAUUAGUAUUGAAGAGAUUGCGGGAUCUAACAUGUCCUGCUAUAUGGCUUCAUUCACAAAAGAUUAUACAGGCAUGAGAGGCCAUGAUGCUGAAGACAUUCCUUUAUAUGAAGGAACAGGCAAUGGUGCUGCUUUAAUCUCAAACCGCGUCUCAUGGUUCUUUGAUAUCAAAGGUCCCAGUCUCAGUUUAGACACGGCGUGUUCAUCUUCCCUUGUUGCCCUUCAUCUUGCUUGCCAGAGCAUUCGAGCUGGAGAAUCAACCUCAGCAAUUGUCGGAGGUACCAAUAUCAUCUUAAUGCCAGAGAUGCAAAACGCCAUGACAUCACUCCAUUUCCUUAGUCCUGACUCCAAGUCGAUGUCAUUUGAUCACAAGGCGAAUGGCUAUGCCCGAGGAGAGGGUGCAGCUGUUGUCGUAUUAAAACCUCUUGCGGACGCACUGCGAGAUGGUAACGUUAUUAGAGCCGUCAUCAGAGGCACAGGUGUCAACCAAGAUGGCAGAACUCCUGGUAUUACCGUGCCAUCUUCAAAGGCACAGGAGGAGCUGAUACGCGUCACAUAUGCCUCUGCUGGAUUGGACUUCAAGCAGACUGGCUACUUCGAAGCACACGGCACAGGAACCCCUGUUGGUGACCCUCUAGAAUGCGCUGCUAUUGCUGCUACCUUUGGUCAAACAAGAACAGAAUCAGAUCCUCUCCUAAUAGGUUCAGUGAAAACAAAUAUCGGCCACAUGGAGGGAGCUGCUGGUCUCGCGGGUCUGGUCAAAGCCGUCUAUGCCUUGGAGAGAGGACAAGUGCCACCGAAUCUCUGGUUUGAAAAGGCAAACCCUCGCAUUCCUUUGGCAAAAUGGAAACUAAAGGUUCCCACGGAGCUUACCCCAUGGCCUACUGAGGGUGUCCGAAGAGCCAGUGUCAAUUCAUUCGGUUAUGGUGGUACUAAUGCUCAUUGCAUCGUCGAUGACGCUUUCCAUUAUCUUGAGGCCCGGGGAUUGAAGGGAUUCCACAACACCAUUUCCGAGACACUUGAUACCCCCAAAGCUUUUCUUUCUACGGUCCCAGUUGCUGACUCGUUGCCUCAGCUUCUUGUCUGGUCUUCGCCUGAACAGAAGGGAGCUGACCGCACUGCAGCUAGCCUGACAUCAUAUGUCAAGUCUCUCAGCGCCCUACCAACAGAAGAGAGCAACUUGCUCGGAAGACUGUCAUUUACACUAUCUAAUAAGCGCAGCAAGUUCCCAUGGAAAUCAUUUGCCAUUGCUUCCACCCUUCAAGAGGCUAUUGACGCUUUUGAGCAACCAAGGAAACCUGAACGGUCUGCGGAACAGCCUACUAUCGCUUUUGCAUUCACUGGGCAAGGUGCUCAAUGGUAUGCUAUGGGCCGUGACUUGUUCAAAUACCCGGUGUUUAGAGACUCAAUUCGAGCCGCGGCUUCGUCAUUGAAGCAACUUGGUUGUGAAUGGGACCUUGUCGAGGAGCUCAAUGCAACUGAAGAGAAGUCUCGUAUCAAUGAACCGGCUCUCAGCCAGCCUGCCUGUACGGCUUUGCAAGUGGCUCUUGUAGACCUUCUCAGCAGCUGGGGCGUGAAGCCAUCCGUCGUAGUUGGCCACUCUAGCGGAGAAAUUGCUGCUGCAUAUGCAAAGCGAGCUAUUAGCCGGGAAUCGGCUUGGAAAGUUGCAUACUACCGUGGUCUCCUCUCCAGCACCAUCAAGAAAGAAGGCGCUAUGCUUGCGGCUGGUUUGGGUUAUGAGGACGCCCAGGCUCUUGUUGACCAGGUCACGGACGGUGAUUUGGUCGUUGCCUGUAUUAACAGCCCAUCUAGCGUUACACUUUCUGGCGACAUCUCGGCUAUCUCUCAAGCCCAAGCUCUGCUGGAAGAGAGAAAGGUGUUCAACAGGAAGCUCGUGGUGAAGACCGCCUACCAUUCUCCUCACAUGAAGGCUAUUGAAGCAUCCUAUUUGGCAUCGAUUAGCGAUAUUUCACUAGCGACAGAAGAUACCAGCGUGCGGAUGUUCUCGUCUGUGACGGGAGAGAUCAUUGAAGCGGCUGAGCUUGCUAAACCAUCAUACUGGGUCUCCAACUUGGUGAAUCCCGUCAAAUUCAACCAAUCAUUGCAAGCGGCAAUUAAGCACAACCCAACUAAGAGACGAACGACGAAGAACACGGGCGGAAUCAGCCUCAUUGUUGAAGUUGGACCUCACGCAGCUCUCCAGGGGCCGAUCCGACAAGUUUUAUCAGUGGAAGAAACCAAGAAACUCAAUAUCCUCUAUGUUUCACUCCUCAAACGCGACAACAGUGCCAGCUUGACCGCGAUUGAAGCCAUGGGAACUUUGUUCCAACGCGGCUAUGCUGUGGAUGUUGCUCAGGUUAACAACUCUGGCAAAGAUACACCAGCAACCCUUGUUGAUAUGCCUCCGUUUGCUUGGAACCACAGCACGAAAUACUGGUAUGAAUCUCCCAUCUCUCGCGCUUACCGGUUGCGAGACAUGCCGAGACAUGACCUCGUCGGAGCCAGAUGCGAAUACUCCAGUGAGCAACAGCCCAGUUGGCGCAAUUAUCUCCGAGUUUCCGAAAUCCCGUGGUUGGAGCACCAUCAAGUCCAAUCAUCCAUCUUGUAUCCCUUUGCGGGUAUGAUCGUUAUGGCCAUCGAGGCCUCACGCCAGGUGGCCGAUAAGACCAAAGAGAUUGAGGGGUUCCAGCUGCGAGACAUCUCGGCUGGUGCGGCCAUGAUUAUUCCGGCUGACGAGGCUGUUGAGUCAAAGAUUCAACUUCGUCCUUGGCGCGCUGGCUCAAGGCUUCCCGAUUGGACAUGGAACGAGUUCACCAUCUCUUGCCGAGAUCGCCAAGGAGCUUGGACACAACACUGUUCAGGUUUAAUCCAAGUCAAGUAUAAGACAGCAGUGAACCCUACUUUUACGAAUGAAGACGCUGCUAGAGCCAGGAAGUUCCGGGAAGAGUAUCAGAAAAUCACAGAUGCUGGAUUGGAAAUCGAGGAUCCAGCUGACGUCUACGCUUCGCUCGCUGAACUCGGCUUGCAAUGGGGCCCAUCAUUCAAGUCACUGGUCCAUAUCGGCUCAGGGCAUUACCAGGCGCAAUGCGCUAUCGAAGUCCCAGACACAAAGUCCUUUAUGCCUGAGAACUUUGAGCAUGAUCAUAUUAUUCACCCUGCGACGCUCGAUGGCAUCGUACAAAUGAUUGUGCCUGCCUGCUCACCUCGGGGAGCACUUGUUGAUAGAGCCAAGAUCCCUCGCUUCGUUGAGAGUGUCUACAUCUCAAGCAAAGUGGCGAGCAAGAAGCCCGGCGACAAGCUUUACGGUUACUCUCGCUCUACGGCACACGGUUUCCAGGAAUCCGUUGGUACCAUUGUCGCUUCCGAUGGCGACUGGGAAGAGCCUCUCGUUGUGUUCGAGGGGUGCAGAGUCAUCACGCUCGAGACCAUGACGGAGGGCAUUGCAUCCGCUUCUGCUUCAACCAAGUCGAUCAAGAAACUGGGCGCGUGUACACACUGGGGGCCUGACAUUGAAGAGCUCACUGCCGACGGUUUGAAGGCCUUCCUCUCCCCCUUUGCCGAAUUAUAUCCUGAUCCAGAAUACGAAACAAUCUACGAUCUCGAGUUAGCUUGUCUAAUUAUCUGCAAGCGAGUCCUUCGAAAGUUUACUGCAGAAGACUCGAAGGCAUUCGCGCCGCAUCAUCGUCUGUUCUAUGAAUACAUGCAGCACCAAUACGACCUUGCUGUCGAAGGCAAGCUCAACUGCCAGAGCUCUCCCAUCAAGAACAUUGACUGGUUGAACACAAGCGAAGAAUUUGAUUCGGCCUUACUCGAGAAGGUUUCUACUGAAUCUGUAGACGGAAAAAUGCUGGUCCGCGUCGCCUACGCGAUGAAUGAGAUCCUCACCGGCACAAUUGAGCCUCUGCAGGUUCUCCGUGAAGACGACUUGCUGACUUCAUAUUACCGAAAUGUCAUUGGUGUUGAAAAGGUUAACCCAGUCCUUGAAGAAUACGUCAGGCAAAUCUCGCACAAGAGACCACUUCGCGUCUUGGAGGUUGGCGCAGGUACCGGAGCAACUACAAAGCUAGUCCUGACGACGCUUGGGAAACGCGAUGAUGCCGCCGCUAAGCUGAAGCUGUACACGUUCACUGACAUUAGCAGCGGAUACUUUGAACCUGCUGCCAAGGACUUCAGCGAAUAUGCAGAGUUCUUGGAGUACAAGAUUCUCAACAUCGAGAAGGAUCCCGCUGAGCAGGGAUUUCCUGUUGGCCAAUAUGAUAUUGUCAUUGCAAACAACGUUAUUCACGCUUGUUCGUCUAUCGACAGAUGUUUGACACACUGCCGUAGCAUGCUCAGACCUGGCGGAGUUUUGCUCCUUGGUGAGCUGACCACAACGAUGGCUCGUGUUCCGAUGAUCUUCGGAACACUUCCCGGAUGGUGGCUUGGUGAGAAUGAUAACCGAAAAUGGGGCCCAAGACUCUCAGAAAGCGAAUGGGACAUUCACCUGCGCCAGCACGGAUUUGGUGGACUGCAUGUGUCCUUCCGAGACGACAGCAGAGAAGAUGUUUACCAGUCUUCCCUUAUUUUCUCCGUGGCUGUAGAGACCACCUCUCCCCCGUUACCUACGAAUGCCGUCGUCAUCAAGCCAGCAGUCGCUGACCCCGUUGUUGAUGCGAUGGCAUCAAAGUUAUCGAAGCUGCUAGAUAAGGAGGGUGUUCAAGUUGAAGUAGUUUCGCUGCAGGACGUCAACGCUACUGAUUUCAGUGGCAAGGCAUGUAUUGUUGCAGUGGAGUCGAACAAACCUCUACUUCAUGAAAUCAAGGGCGAGGAUUGGGAGUCUGCCAAGAAGGCGGUUCUUGGAUCAAGAAGCACUCUCUGGCUCACAAAUGGUGGUGCCAUGGAAUGUACCACCCCUGAGUCCAGUCUUAUUGUUGGACUUUCCAGAACUAUUCGAGGAGAAAAUCCCGGCCUGCAGUUCACAACUCUUGAUCUUGAUCCCAAGGAAUCCAUCGACUCCGACGCCACUUGCGCGAUUAUUAGCCAGAUCUUCAAGUCUAAGGCUGAUCCUUCCAAUGCGGAAUGGGAAUAUUCUCUGCGCAAUAAGCUGAUUAAUGUACCUCGUCUAUAUCCCGACGACGAGGUGAGCAACCUCUUCGAGACCAACGCAGAGGAUCCUCCUGCAGUGAAGUUGCCUUUCAACCAGCCAGGCCGUGCUCUUGCACUGGAGAUCAAAGUACCUGGAAUGCUGGAUACCUUCCAAUUUACAGACUGUGACGAAUACCCGCUACCACUUGGUGACCGAGAGGUCGAAAUUAAGGUCAAGGCCGUAGGUAUGAACUUCCACGACGUCAUGAUUGCCAUGGGCCAAAUCCAGGAUACCAACUUGGGUGUCGAGUGUAGUGGCGUCGUCACUCGCAUUGGAAAGUCCGUCACUCAAUGGAAGGAGGGCGACAGGGUCAUGACAUUCCGUCUAGGAACUUACCGCACAUACAUCCGUAACCCGGAGGAGAUGUUCCAGAGAAUGCCUGAUGAUAUGUCGUUCGAAGAGGGUGGAUCGAUCGUGUCUAUCUAUGGAACAGCCGUCUACUCGCUGUUUGAUGUCGCCCGUCUGCAGAAGGGUGAGAGCGUUCUUAUCCACUCUGCCGCAGGUGGCUUCGGUCAAGGAGCUAUCAUCAUCUCUCAGUAUAUCGGCGCCGAGAUCUUCGUAACCGUUUCAACCGAAUUCAAGAAGCGUUUCUUGAUGGAGACGUAUGGUAUUCGUGAAGAUCAUAUCUUCAACAGUAGAGAUCAUAGCUUUGCUACCGGCAUUAAGCGUAUGACUAACGGUAAGGGCGUCGACGUUGUCUUAAACUCUCUUGCUGGAGAGGGACUACGGCAAAGUUGGCUGUGUGUUGCGCCCUUUGGUCGGUUCAUUGAGCUGGGCAAGCGAGAUAUAACCGGUAACACGGGCUUGGACAUGACGCCUUUCCUACACAAUGUCAGCUUCUCUGGUGUGAACAUGCUGUCUGUAUACAGGGAGAAUGUGCCACUGCUCAGCAGAAUCUUGGCAGACGUGAUGAAGUACUGGGCCAUGGGUGUUACGAAACUCGUCACACCUCUUAAAGUUAUGAACUUUUCCCAGAUCGAAGAGGCGUUCCGCAUUAUGCAAACGGGAAAACACAUCGGAAAGAUGGUAUUGGCCGCUAAUGAUGACGACAUUGUUCCGAUCGUCCCCCCUAAGAAGAAAGAAUUCACUCUGUCUUCCAACGCAACUUAUAUGAUCCCCGGUGGUCUUGGUGGCCUCGGACGAUCACUUGCAAUGUGGAUGGCAGCAAAAGGUGCUCGCUACCUUGCCUUUACGUCUCGUUCGGGCGCAAGUAGGCCAGAGGCAAAGGCACUUCUGGAAGAAUUGGCGAAGAUCAAUGUCCAGAGCAAGGCUUUCGCAAGCGACAUCAGCAAUGAGGCCGAGCUUACCAAAGUGCUGCAGGAGAUCAAAUCCGCCAACUUCCCCGCCAUUCGCGGAGUCAUUACCUUCGCCAUGCAGUUGCAGGAUGUCUUUUUUGAGAACAUGACUGUUGAAGAGUUUCACACUGCUGUCAGACCCAAAGUCCAAGUUACAAGAAACUUGCACGAACAGCUACCCAAAGACCUUGAUUUCUUCAUCUGUAUGUCCUCUGUUGGAGGUAUUGUAGGAUCUAGAGGACAAGGCAACUACAACGCCGGAAACACAUACCAAGACGCCGUUGCACGCCACCGCCGUUCCCUUGGCCUUGUAGGAACAAGUAUCGAUCUUGGUCUUGUUUUGGGCGUCGGUUGGGCUGCAGUUCACGGUGAAGCACUAGGCUAUCUUAACUCUGGCGCAAUGGCUGGUCUUAAGGAAACCGAGGUGCUGGAUGUUAUAGAGGCAGGCAUGGCUGGCUUGCUUCCAGAGGCCGAGAACACGGUCGGUCUGACUACAGGAGGCAUGCUUAAGCAGGGUGGCUAUGAGGAGCUGUACUGGCACAGCGAGCGCCGGUUUGGACCAGUCAGCGUCUACGACACACAGGAUAACGGCACUGCCGGUUCCGGCGAACCUGACAGGUCUGAAGAGCUACGCGCAGCUUUGGGUGCAGCACAGAACUUAGAUGAAGCUGGAGCUGCUGUUUGCGUGGCACUGAUGCGGAAGCUGGCAAAGGCCAUGAUGAUGGACGAGGCAGAUCUCGACUCUGGCCGCCCUGCGAAUGCUUAUGGCGUUGACAGUCUUGUGGCAGUGGAGAUCCGGGCUUGGGUAUUCAAGACCGUCAAGAGUGACAUCUCUGUGUUCGACAUCUUGAGCAAUGCUCCACUGGCUACGCUUGCUGGGCUUAUUGCUUCCAAGUCGUCAUAUGUGCCUGUUGCGAUUCGCGGUGAAGGAGUUUCAUUGGAGAAGUGA